CGCUGCCCGCCGCGGCCCCUCGCCCCGGCCCGCCGUGCCAGCUGCUAGGCUGGGCGAGGGGUUGCUGAGCUCUUUGCAUGGGGCCGCCGCCACUAGGCUCGGUCCGUCCCGCCGCUGCCACCCCCACCACUCCCGGAGAAGAUGCCCAGGCAGGAGCUGCCUUUGCCCGAGGGCUGGGAGGAAGCUCGCGACUACGACGGCAAAGUCUAUUAUAUCGACCACGCCACCAAAACCACCAGCUGGGUUGACCCGCGGGACAGAAACUACCCAGAUAGAGGACCCUCGAGUACAAUGGCGGCGGGAGCAGGAACACAUGCUAAAGGACUACCUUGUAUUGGCACAAGAAGCACUGACUGCUCAGAAGGAAAUCUAUCAGGUCAAACAACAAAGGCUUGAACUGGCCCAGCAGGAAUACCAACAACUUCAUGAUGUCUGGGAACACAAGCUGGGAUCUCAGACAAGCUUAGUAUCCAGUUCCUCAUCAAGCUCAAAAUAUGAUCCAGAAAUUCUUAAAGCUGAAAUUGCUACCACAAAAUCUAGGGUGAAUAAACUCAAGAGAGAAGUUGCUCACAUGAGACAGGAACUCCAGUAUAAGGAACUUGGUUUCCAAACACUGAAGAAAAUUGAUAUGAAAAUGUCUGAUACCCAAGGUGGAUAUAAGCUUGAUGAGGCGCAGGCCAUCUUAAGUGAAAUGAAAGCUAUCAAGAAGGCCAUAUCUUCAGGAGAGCAUGAAAAGCAAGCUCUCAUUCAGAGUCUUGCCAGGCUGAAAGCUAAUUUUGUGACAGACAGAGGAUCACAUUCAGACUUGUGGGCCAGCAGCACCUCCUUGGAAGGCUCCAGCCUCUCAUUACCUAGGCAGUAUCUGGAUGCUGGUUCCCAAACGGAUGUUUCUGGAAAUUUUAUUGUGAGCAGUAAUAAUCAAUUGGCUGAAAAAGUGAGACUGCGCCUACAGUAUGAAGAGGCUAAGCGAAGAAUAGCAAACUUAAAGAUACAGUUGGCUAAACUGGAUAGUGAAGCCUGGCCUGGUGUGCUAGAUUCUGAACGAGACCGACUAAUGUUAAUCAAUGAGAAGGAGGAACUUCUAAAAGAAAUGAGGUUCAUUAGCCCUAGAAAAUGGACUCAGGGUGAAGUGGAAAGACUGGAGACAGAAAGAAAACGACUAGAAGAAGAUCUUCAGGCUGCAAGAGAUACGCAGAGCAAAGCUUUAACGGAAAGAUUGAAGUUAAAUAGUAAAAGAAAUCAGUUGGUUCGAGAGCUAGAAGAAACAACACGUUUGGUGGCAAUGUUGCACAUUCAAUUGAAAAACUUGUCCUCUAGUAUGCUUUCCUUGUCAUCUGGCAGCAGUCCUGGCUCUCUUGCAUCUAGCAGGGGAUCUCUGAUCACCUCAAGCCAAGAUUCUUCAACUUCGGCUAGCUUUACUGAUCUGUUCAGUGAACAGUUUGAACAGCUGGACUCCGACUAUCAGAACAAAAUGGACCUCUUGCUCCUAGAGAGAACCACUGGCUUUCGGCCUUCAGGCUGCAUCACUACAAUCCAUGAGAAUGAGGUGGUAAAAACUCAGAAAACUGAUACCGCUAGCCGUCUUCAGGCCCUGAGGUCCUUGUCUGGAACUCCCAAAUCAUUGACUUCUUUAUCUCCAAGGUCAUCUCUCUCUUCUCCGUCUCCGCCUUGUUCGCCACUAGUGAUGGACCCAUUCUUCACAGGAGAUGCCUUCAUGAGUCAUAUGGACUUUGAAGAUACUGAAAUGAACAGUGGUCUCUCUGAACUUAGUCUAAACCCUGAAAGUGGAAGAAAGUACAGAAUAGAGGAGUCUAGGACUGGGGAAAAGCACCUGGACCAAGGUAUAAAUUUGGUUGAAGGAGCUGCACCGAAGGUAGCAUGUGUAUCAGCUGCAGUGUCAGAUGAGUCAGUUGCUGGAGACAGUGGAGUGUACGAAGCAACUGUGCAAAGGCCUUGUGUGUUGGAAGCUAUUGUGUUUGACAACGAUGAUGCAGAUACAGUUAGCACUGCUAAAGUUCAGAUUUCAAUGAAGUACGAUGACAAAAAUAAACAAUUUGCAAUAUUCGUUGCCCAGGUGAAUAAUGUGCCUGCUCUCCUGCCACAGCAAGACCAGAAAGUGAGCAUUCGUGUUGCUGUUCUUCCUUCUUCUGAAAGCACAAGUUGUUUGUUCCGCACAAGACUCAUGGAAGCAUCAGACAAUCUCAUAUACAACGAACUAUUUUGUGUUGCAAUCCCUCACUCUGUUUUACGACAGAAGACACUCAGGGUUGAUGUCUGUGCUGUGGAUAAGUGCCAUCUUGAAGAGUGCUUGGGAGGUGCACAAAUUAGUCUUGCUGAGACUUGCAGGUCUGGUGACAGGUCAACACGCUGGUAUAACCUCCUUAGCUAUAAAUACCUACAGAGGCAAAGCAGUGAAAAUAAGCAAGAGGAUGCCUGUUCUAAACUACCCUGCACUGAGAAAAUGGACUCUGUAUCUGCACUGUUAGAACAAACUGCUGUUGAACUAGAAGCUGUAGAGAAAAAACUAGAAGAAAGCAGAAGCACUUUACUUACCGGUGAAAACUGGCAAGAUGAGGAAGAUGCUGAAGAAGGUGACAACAGUGAAAAUGAAGUACAAGAAGAGGAAGAACUUUAUGGUGGGCUGACAACAUGGGAAACAGAAGAGACCCCAUCAUCCUUCUCACAGGCUGAGUCAGCAGCUAUCAAGGUGGAUAAAGAAACCAACACAGACAUUCUUCCACAAUCUUCCACAGUAGUUCGUCCAAAAGAUAAAAGAACACCUAACCCGCUACGAACUCCUUUUGUUAGAGGCAGCACUAUAAUUCGUUCCAAAACGUUUUCUCCAGGACCACAGAGCCAUUACGUGUGUCGGCUUAAUCGCAGUGAUAGUGAUAGUUCAACACUGUCUAAGAAACCACCCUUUGUUCGGAAUGCUGUGGAGAGGCGAAGUGUUAGGAUGAAAAGGCCUUCUGUUAAAACCAUUGGACCUGAGCGCCUAAUCCGUACCUCUCUGGACCUGGAAUUGGACUUGCAGGCUUCAAAGACCUGGCACAGUCAGCUGGUACUGGAGAUCUCUGCCCUCAAGAAGCUGAAGGAACAAUUAGAACAAGCGCAAAGUCAGGGGCUGAAGGAACUGCCCCAAUGCAUAGAUGAGGAUGACAGAUUUCGGAUACUGAUGAGGCUGGUAGAGAAACAAGUGGAAAAAGUUGAAUGUAAGUGUGAGCUGAAAGCUGAUAAAAUGAUGAGAGCAGCUGCUAAGGAUGUGCAUAGGCUUCGAGGGCAGAGUCGAAAGGAGCCUUUAGAAGUACAGACAUUCAGAGAGAAAAUGGCAUUUUUCACGCGACCAAGGAUAAACAUUCCAACCCUCUCUGUGGAUUAUGUUUAAUGUCUAUUUAAGUAUUUCUUUCUCCAACCACUUGAAAAAAAGUAUACUUUCGUUUCACUGAAGUUUAUUUAUGUCGUAUUAUAAAGGUACUAAGUCAUUUGUACAUUGAUGGCUUUAUCAGAUUUAUGUCCAGAUUUUUAGCUUUCUCCUCUCCUCGCCAGCAUUAAAAUGACAUGAUUAAAUAGUUUGUAUAUUUAGCAAUGUAUUUUUGGGAAAGAAUUUUUAAAUACGAACAAAUACAACUCAAAAAUGCUGUUUAAAUAAGAUUUCUUUAGACAUUUUGUACAGCUGUGCAUUUUUUAAAAGAGGUUUUACCGCAAUAAAAUUUGAAUCUGAAGGAGCAUCAAUCUUAUUAUUAUAAAAACAUAAGCCACCUCUUAUAGAACUAGCCUUUGCUAAUUUAAAUAUUUUUAUACAAAACAGAGGAUGAAAGAAGCCAUUAAUUUUUUAAAAAAGCUGAGAAUGAGCUCUCUCUGAGCUAUGAAACACUUCCAUUUCCUUCGAGGUCAUAAAAAUGGGUGUGGAGUUCAAAAUGCCUGCUGCACUUUAAUUUGGAGAUUGUUACUUCAGCUUAUCAUGUAUUUGACCUGUAAAAAGUUCCAAAAGCCCAGUGAACCCUUUGUUUCAGGGAGAGAGCUCCAGGGAACAUAACAUCUAUGUUAGCUUUUCUUAUGGCUCAGUGUUUUGCUUAAA